CGACGGCACAGGUUAUUUUAUAAUAAUAUCUAUAGAUGGGUGAAUCUAGAACCGAGUUAUUGGCGUGGCUCAAUGACCUCCUUCAGUUGAACUACACCAAGAUCGAGCAAGCAGGAUCAGGUGCGGCUUACUGCCAGAUCAUGGACUCCAUCUUUGCUGAUGUUGGUAUGACCAAGGUCAAAUUCGAUACCAAGCAAGAAUACGAAUACGUGUCCAAUUACAAGGUGCUCCAACACACCUUUGAUAAGCACAAGAUUGAUAAGAUAAUACCGGUUGAUCGCUUGAUGAAGUGCAAGUUCCAAGACAAUUUGGAGUUUAUGCAGUGGGUUAAGCGCUUUUGGGAUGCCAACUUCCCUGGUGGUGCGUACGAUGCAUUGGCACGCCGCAAAGGCCGUGCUGGUGGCGCCACAUCUCGAGCACCCACUGCUACUGGAACUCGAAGACCCCCUGUCAGUACUGCUGCUGGCCGAAGUGCAAGCCGUACCGCUUCAGGAAGAAUGUCGUCCACUGGCCGUCAAUCAUCCAGCAGCGCCAGUGCCAACGUCCUCGAUAACCACUCAGCUGCCAUGAUCAUCGACUUGAACAAGCAGAUCGCCGAAUUGAAGGUCACUGUCGACGGAUUGGAGAAGGAGCGCGAUUUCUACUUUGGAAAAUUGCGAGAUAUUGAAAUUUUGAUUCAGGAGCAAUUGGAGACUAAUGCUGCCAUGGAAGAACCGCAGGAGGACCCUAGUGUCUUGAAGGAUAUCCAAGCUAUUCUGUAUAAUACCGAGGAAGGCUUUGAGGUUCCUCCCGAAGGUGAAGAACAAGACCUAGCUGCUGGCUCUAUGCCUGUUGGCGAUUCUGAAGAUGAAACUUUUUAAAUCCCAUAUAUCGAAAGCAAAAUUAUUCCCCACCCUUAAAUGUUUUCCUUCCCUUUUCUUAUAAACAUUGGUUCCCCUGCAUUAUAUUAAAACGAAAUCCUACUAGUGACAGCAGACAAUGCACAUAAUGGUGUACAAUGAGAAAAAGGAAUGAUACAUGCAAUUUAUUUUUGUGACGAACUCAGAAGAGUUGAUGUAACAGGACCGGUGUAGGCUAUAUUAUAUGGACAUUAUAAAGCAAAGUAUGAUUUCUCUGUAUAGUUUACUGGUACAAUUCAGGAUCGUACGGAGCACCAAACAGUCCUUGCCAGCUAGCUGGGGGAGUCCAAGAGAAGUUGGAAUCUG